ACUGAGCCACACCAGUCAGGGCUCAAACUGGCAUUUUUAUAGGGGAACAGUGACAAGCUGAAAGGUCGGGAGGGCUGGGGGUGGCAUUGGGGAAGUGGCACUGAGUGGGGUGUGGAGACUGGAGGCAGGAAGGCAGACAGGAGAGGGCAUACUCAAAUGGGGGCCCAGCAGGGUCUGGACUACCUGAGGACUUUGAAUCCAAGGUUUCUAUAAAGCAUUACCAGCCUCAUUAACUCAUUAGCAGAUCAACUAAGUUCCCAGACCUGAGGAGGCCAAGUAGAUGCAGUGGAGAAUAUUGUGGGUCUGUCUGGGCCUUUUCCACCAGGACCCCUUUCCUUACAGGCUCGGAGGGCGGGCCCAGAGAGAGGAUCUACCCCCACAGGGACUCUCCUUAGAUUCCUCAGACACACCAUCCCUGAUAGGAGCAGCCAGUUCCUCACUUUCUUGGACUCAGUUUCCUAGGGGACUUUGAUGGCUGGGCGCUGGCCUUAGCCCCACACCUCCUCCUGGUCUCGUCUAGCCCUGUCCUUUCAGCCCCGGCUCAGGUCUUGGACAGGCCUUGGCUCUCUCCCUUCCCACGGGGUUUGCUGGGCCAGGUCCUUCGGGGCUCACCUGCUCCCACGUCCAGCUAUCUUACGGCUCUGCCCUGGCCCCGCUGUUUCCCCGGCUCCCGCCGGACGCACUCACCAAUGGCUCCGCCUCCACCCCUGCUUUGAGUCGGCAGCGCCCCCUGUCGGCCCGCGUGCACUCUGCGGUUAUACCAGGUUCCACCGGCUCGCCCAGCUGGUGCCGUUGUCAUGGAGAGGGACGCGGAGCCCACCCACUGCGGACACGCCAGGCCGGUGGACGCUGAAUAGAAACCUCUUAUUCGGACACCGCCUGCAGAAUCACCACUCGUUUUGCCUCUUCACUCCUGUGAGGGUUCCCAGGGUCGCUGCGGACGGCACCACUAUGUCUGGCGAGGUCAGCGCGACUGGGGCGUCACCCAGGGCCCCGCGUCCGGGGACUCAGAAGUCGUCCAGCACAGUGACCAAGAAGGGGGAUCGCGGGGCCAAGGAGAAGCCAGCGACCGUCCUGCCCCCGGUGGGCGAGGAAGAGCCCAAAAACCCUGAGGAGUACCAGUGCACUGGAGCCCUCGAGACCGACUUCGCCGAGCUCUGCACCAGGUCCGGCUACACAGACUUUCCCAAAGUUGUCCUGCGGCCCCGCCCGCACCCAACCUCUCUCCCAUCUGCCUCCUUGUCGGAAAAGCCCACCCUGGACGACCAGCGGCUGUCGGGUUCUUGCAGCCUCAACAGUCUGGAGAGCAAAUACGUGUUCUUCCGGCCCACAAUCCAGGUGGAGCAAGAGCCAGAAGACAAGUCCGUGAAGGAAAUCUACAUCCGCGGCUGGAAAGUUGAGGAUCGGAUCCUGGGCAUCUUCUCUAAGUGUCUGCCCCCCCUCAGCCAGCUGCAGGCUAUCAACUUGUGGAAGGUGGGGCUCACUGAUAAGACCCUGGCCACACUCAUCGCCCUCCUACCUCUCUGCUCACCCACUCUCAGGAAGGUGUCUCUGGAGGGGAACCCACUGCCAGAGCAAUCAUAUCACAAGCUCAUGGCACAGGACAGCAGGAUCGCGCACUUGUCUCUGAGGAAUAACAACAUCGAUGACCACGGGGCGCAGCUCCUAGGCCAGGCUCUGUCCACACUGCACAACUGCAACCGAACCCUGAUCUCGCUCAACCUGGGCUUCAACCACAUCGGGGACGAGGGCGCUGGUUACAUUGCCGACGGCCUCCGGCUGAACCGCUCCCUGCUCUGGCUGUCCCUGGCCCACAACCGCAUCCAGGACAAGGGCGCUCUGAAGCUAGCCGAGGUUCUGCGGCCCUUUGAGCUGACACACACCGAGGUGGUGGAGCGGCGCCGCCUCCUGCUGGAAAAGGGGACUCAGGAGCGCUUGCGGUCGCCUUCCUCCUCUCGACAUGGGGACUCCAAAACAGACCGUGAGAAGAAUCAGCUGGCGGGAGCCAGCAGUGUUGCACUGGUGGACAAGACAGAUAAGAUGCAGACAGUGAAGACCCCUAAGAGCCUGGGCAAGAAAAAGGAGAAGUCAGGGGAAGUGGUGAAGAAAGAGGAGAAGUCGGGGUCUGGGCAGUCACCCACACAAGGGACCCCAAAGAAGGAAGACUCUACAAAGGCAGGCAAGGGGAAGGUAACCAUCCCUGAGCAGAAACCGAUCAAGGGAAAAGGGCCAAAGACUGGGAGCAAAGAGAAGCGCAGCAUCCUCCUGGAGUCAGAGCUGGUGGCUGAAACCACUGAGAUGGUCAAUCCUCUCUUGGAGCCUGUGGAACACCGAGAUGGGAAGGUUUUCAUGCCUGGGAACAAGGUCCUUUUGCACCUCAACCUCCUCCGAAACCGCAUCACUGAGGUGGGGCUGGAGGGCUUCCUCAUCGUAGUGCAGUACCAGGCACAGUUCUCCAAGUCCAAGAGUAUGUCCAAGGGUCCCGUGGGGCUGCUGUGGCUCUCUCUGGCGAAAAACUGCUUCUCCAUGCAAUGUCCUAUGUACACCAUGAUUCAAGAGUUGAUGCUGCCAAGGGACCCCAUCAGUAAGGCCAAGCUCAGAGAGGAGGAGGCUAUGGCUUUCUCCACCUAGUGCCUCCCGCUGACUCUGGGCCGCAGAAGCAUUUUCUGUCCGUCUGGGCUUACUGCCCUGGGGGAGAUCUCAGAUCAUUAACAAGGUCCAUUGCUGUACUAUUUUCCUUCAGGUUGUCGGAAAAACUUUGCUCCAGAGCUACUUGGAAUGUUUGGACUGAGUCUGUUCGUGUAACAUGGCCAGAAAUGGCCAAAUCGCUUCACAGUUCUGCUGGGUCCUUGCUUUUCUGCCACCCCGGGGGCCUAGUUCUUGCUCACUCAGGCCAGUCACUCUAGUGCGGAUGUCCACAAUCUGAAACCAGGGACACCCAGAUGGUGUGGGGCCAGAGGUCUCAGGAGAGCUGGUGGCCCAUCAGUGUGGCUUCCUGAGAGAACCUACCGACAAGGCCAAGAGCGCACAGGGCUGGGUUUUGUGUAACUAACAUCCACUUUACAGGGAGCUUCCAGAGAAGUGUCCCUUCACCUCUGGGCAGAUUUAACCUGGUCCAUCUCUUCAUCCUGUUGCAUUCAUUGACAGGGACUGCUCUCCCUGCUGAGAACUCUCUUGGCGAGGCUCAGUGGCUCAGUGCCUGCGUCUGAUCACCUGGGGUGCUGCUCAGCCUCCAGGUGGCUGGCUGAGCUUCUGCAAGAAAACUUCAUCAGCUGUUUGGAUUCCCAACACUGAGCACAUUACAGGUGCUUGGCAAGGAUUAGUUACCUAAGCUUCUCCAGUUAUUCCUGCCUGAGUCCUUCUAAAGUAAAGCUUCAGUGAAACUUCACAGCCCCAUUCUUAUCCCUACACUUUGCUU